AUCCUACCAGUUGCUGCCGAGCAUUCCCCUUUGGCUGGCCUCCGCUGUGGCGGUGGGCUCCUCUCAGCUACAGAAAAUGCUGGCGGCUGUGCUGGGAAGGAGGUGGUGCGACGGGUCUCGUCUCGGAAAGAGUCUGUGUCCGGCUUCACUCAGCAGCCUCCGCUCCACGCGCCUUCCCCUUUGCUGCCCCCAGUCCCCGGGACUGCCCUCCUUCCUUGGCAGCUCCAGGGGAGUGCAGCAGGAAAGCUGCCCCCACGCAGGUGCUAAUACUGUGAAGCCCCUUGAUGGUGUGAGGAUUCUCGAUCUAACAAGAGUGCUUGCAGGGCCUUUUGCUACCAUGAAUCUGGGCGACCUUGGAGCUGAAGUGAUCAAAGUAGAAAAACCUGGGUCUGGAGAUGAUACAAGAUCUUGGGGACCACCCUUCAUUGGAAAGGAAAGUGUUUAUUUUCUCAGCAUAAACAGAAAUAAAAAGAGCAUAGCGGUUAAUAUGAAGAAUCCUAAAGGAGCAAAGAUAAUUAGAGAGCUUGCAGCUGUCAGUGAUGUUUUUGUGGAAAACUACGUCCCUGGGAAACUGGUUGAAAUGGGCUUAGGGUACGAAGACAUUAACAAGAUUGCUCCUCAUAUUGUUUACUGUUCAAUAACAGGGUAUGGUCAAUCUGGUCCAAAGUUUCAACGGGCAGGCUAUGACUCUGUUGCAGCUGCCGUUUCUGGCCUCUUGCAUAUCACAGGGCCUGAGGAAGGUGAGCCAGUUAGACCAGGAGUUGCUAUGACUGAUCUUGCUACAGGACUGUAUGCAUAUGGAGCAAUUAUGGCUGCACUUCUUCACAGUCGUAAAACAGGGAAGGGUAUGCACGUGGAUUGCAAUUUGCUGUCCUCUCAGGUAAGGACUUACUUAGCUAUCUGGAUCUUCAUACAGAAUCUUGAAUCGAAGUAG